AUGGACCACGCAGUCAAGGCGAAGAAGACUCUGAAGGAAGAGAAGAAUAAGAAGAUUGGAAAGAGGGAAUCGGAUGGCCAUCGUGUCCGCGAGGCAACACUCAUAACAAUGAAACGAAAUGCGGACACAUUCGAUCUCGAUGACGACGCAACACCAUCAAAGGUGAAGGGUGGAAGAAGUUCGUCGGCACUGAAAGACGCAGAAUCUGCAGUUGUCGACAUCAUGUCGAUGAUCGAUGCGUCAAACGAAUUUAAGCGAGCCGAGCUCGAAGCCAAGAGGGAGUCAAAUGCUCCGUUGCAGCGAAAAGUGCUUGAAGUACAGCGGUACCGCUUUGACAAAGCCGAAAGGGAGGCAAAUCUUGCUCUGGAACAGCAGGAGCGUCAAUCACAGCUUAAGUUCAUGGAAAUCACCAUUGAUUUGCUAAGUGGGUUGGCGAAGAAGUUGUCUGAGAGUUAA